AUGCCGUCGUCUCAGGUUGUGAUGUCGAUUUCCUGGGCUCUCUUUAUCUUUGCACGCUUGUGUGCCAUCAAUCAAAGACACCAGUAUAUUGAAGUAAAUGAGGAGAAUGAAGAACUGAGUGAAGUUGAGGAGAGAAAUCAUAUUAAAACUGGAGAAAACCCUUCAAGUUGCUCUCAAAGAAACAAAUUGUCAAGAAAAAAAUGUCUUGAUGUUCACAUGAAACUGCACACUUGUGAUCAGUGCGGGAAGAAUUACACACGAAAAGAACACCUUAGAGCACACAUGAGAGUUCACACUGGAGAGAAACCGUUUAAUUGUGAUCAGUGCGGGAAGAGUUUCACACGAAAAGGACUACUUACAGCACACAUGAGAGUUCACACUGGAGAGAAACCAUUCACUUGUGAUCAGUGCGGGAAGUGUUUCUCACAAUUAUCACAUCUUAAUGCACACACAAAUGUUCACACUAGAGAGAAACUGUACGCAUGUGAUCAAUGUGACAAAAUGUUUUUGAGGGCUUCACACCUGAAGCAGCACCUGAGAGUUCAUACAAAAGAGAAACCACAUUCAUGUCAUUUGUGUGGAAAGAGUUUUUCACGUCUACAACAUUUGAAAGGGCAUCAGAAAAUACAUACUGGUGUGAGAGAGUACAUGUGCUUUGAGUGUGAAAAGACUUUUACUUCAGCGAGCAGUUUAAAACUGCAUGAGAGGAUCCACACUGGAGAGAAACCUUACAAGUGUUCACACUGUGACCAGAGCUUCAGUUAUUCAUCAAGUCUGAAAACACAUGAGAGAACCCACACUGGAGAGAAACCUUACAAGUGUUCAUACUGUGAACAGAGAUUCAGUCAGUCAGGAGUUCUGAAAACACAUGAGAGGAUUCACACUGGAGAGAAACCGUAUCACUGCACUGAAUGUGGGAAGUGUUUCAGUAAUGCAUCUUCUCUACACAGUCAUACAAAAAACAUUCACAGUAAGUAGGUCAUCU